CAGCCCAGUGGGUAUAGUGGUACAGUCGCGCGCUUCCUUCAGACGAGCCCAGACCACCGAACAGUCACAUCGUGUACCACCGCGCACAAACUUCUCUCGACAAACAGUGAUCAUUAACAUUACCCAAGUGAUUAAAAGUGGUAAACAGUGAUAAGAAGUGAUUUACUUUAUUAGUUCGAACCUCAUUAUAAAGAGAUGAGGCGGUGAGACUACAUCACAGAGUAUUGGGACUUGAAGUAACAUAGAACGAACACAAUGAAGAGGUUACAGAAAUUUUGUUACUGCGCAUCGACGCGGACUGGCACGCUGAUCACAGCGUUCCUUGGAAUCGUGCUCUCUAUCGCCACCAUAAUUAUAGUAUGGGUCGUAAAGAAGCAUAGGAUCACAUUCAGCACAUUCAUCUUUGAUGAAGACUUCGAUAGGAAACUUUCAGACUUAGACAUUCCGAGGAUAAUAUUAACAAUUAAUUUAUGCUUCACCAUACUGAUAUGCACGCUACUGAUGAUAGCAGUACAUAAACGGCGGUCAUGGCUAAUGCUUCCGUGGGUAGUGCUGGGAAUCGUGCUGGCGAUCGGCCUGCUGAUCAGCGUGCUGCACACCUCAAUCACCUACUAUCUCGACAAGGAAGACCACGUCAUUCUCGCCACAAUCAUAUUGAUUGGUGGACUUCUAUAUUUAUGUCUGUACCUCUACCUAUGGGCAGUGGUGUUCAGUCAUUACCUGGACGUCCGUGACGAAGAAGAACGAGGUCGAUACAGAAAGGCCCCCUACAGGCGAUAAACAACCACCUACACUCAACUACUUAGACUGCAUAAUAUUCGAAAAUCUCUUCACCAUCUAAUCUCAACAUUUUUACUUGUAAUAUUUAAGGUUUAAUGUAAGAUAAUAAUUGUUUACCUAUAAGUACAAUUUCGUACAGAUAGUAAACUACCUAACAGUGCCUUAUUUAUCUAGAUUUUUAAAUUACUUACUUAUUACAUGGAUAAUGAAGUGUUUGGUAUUUUGAUGACUUUUU